GCAGCCCUAGUGGUUUAAUUGAUGGGAUUCAAACACACGUUUUGAUACAUUGUAAUUUAAUGUGGGAUGUAAUGUACAUGAAAUUAGCGUGCAGUGAAUUUAAUGUUAAAAUUGAAAGGGGGAAAAAAAGAUAGAAUGUGACCAGGAACGCACAGAAAGUUAGAAUGCCAUUUAGCUAUGUUUUAAUAUGUGUAUGAUUUGUUUUAUUUACACGUGUGAUCUCAGAUGUGUAAACAUCACAGACAUUAAUACAGGAGGCAACAUACGGCUUUCUUGGUUCAUUUCAGCGAUUCUCCUAACCGGGGCCAUCAUGGCGGCAGUUCUGUAUCUGGCACGGGCAGACUACGAAGGUGAAUGCAUCAGAGAGUGCAAUAAUUUUUGUGAUGAAAAGGAAUCAUGUUCGCUUAUCAACGGGAUCGAGGCUGGACCAGACUGUGCCCAACCUAAAACGUGUUGGAAAAAUUGCAUACAGAGGUGAAAGGAGCUUGAGAUAAUUCCUUCUAAUACAAUGUUCUUAGUUCUUUAGCUUGCGAACCACACCUUUUAAAACUAACAAAUUUAAUCUUUUACAUUAAAUUCGAUUUUGCUUGUGGCUGGCUAGGUGGCAAAAUCUUCGGACAGCAAAGUGACCAACUUCCCGUCAAUCUAUCGAGCUGAAACGUGGCACUUGUUUGCCAACGACAACGUGUUCUUUCAAAUUUUCAGCCGUAAACCCCAAACCCCCAAAAUGAGGUUUUCCAGUUUUUCUAGGGGAAGGUAAAAUGAAAUUCCCGAUAACUGCGAUAAAGUGCGUUUGUUCUAUUGUUUUCUUUUUCGAAAACUGUUGGGAAAAUAAAGAAGCGGGUAGAAGUUAGAAUAAUAAUAUAGUUCAUGGGCGUGAAAAAAAAUGUUCGGUUGCGAGCCUGGAAAAGGAGGGGGGGGGGGGGGUAGGGGGGGGGGGAGGAGCACUCAUUUGGCUUUUUUUAAAGCACGUUACUUGUUUGAAUAUUUUGUCAAAUUUUUAGCCCCAACCCCCUCAUCCCCAUUGCUCCAUAUUACAGUUUAUAAAGGAUUUCUAGGAACAACUUUGUUUUUAGGGGUUGCUUAAUUUCGAGGUGAUUUUGUUGNAAAAACUGAAAUAAAGAGCUCUUAAGAAAGACGGAAUACGUGAUGCCCCGAUGAGUGAAAUAUGUAAGUGAUUUGGCCCGUAAGUGACAGGGUGAGAAAUGAAAAGAAAUUAAAAUUAAAAAAAAAAAAAUAAUUAAAAAAAAAAAAAUUUCAAGGCAAGAUGAUGGCAUUCCUCCCUCACACUUUACCGUGUCUUCCUUCUUGACUUUAACGUUUCCUCUCUUGUCCAGUGAUAGCGGCAUGAAAAGAAAAAAAGAAGUUAAAUUGAGAAUUUGACAAAAAGUCUUGAAUGCAAACUAUGAUUAAUGCUUUGGCCUAAGUGAAUGAUUUUAGCCUUUUUGCGUAGAGAAAUUUUACAAAAUUUUUUUUUUUUUGAAUACCGAAUGGUAAAUUAACAAAUAUAUAGAAAAUGAAAAAAACAACAGAAAAAAAAAACCAUAAUAAAAUUUAACAUAUGUAUAUAGAUAAAUGUAGCACUUAGCUGAGAAGUAGUGUCCGAUGGGCAGCAAAAGAAUUUUCUGUUGUUUGUUCGCUGACGAAGGCUUCCUGCCGACAGGUUCGCUGUUUUGUAGCGUCCCCUUUUUCAUGUUUACUUUGUUUUACUUAUUUCCUAUUUUGCUAAACUGAUUGCAGUCUCUCCUCUUUUUACCCUAAAAAAUAUAAAUGUCUCAAAUAUUAGUAGAGAAUAAGUUUUAUUUUUUUUCUUUAAAUUAUUCCGUUUAAAUACUAAAAGAUAAAAAAGUUAUAUGUGAGUAAUAAUAAUUUCACAUUUUCUUUUAAAACUUCACCUUUACAAUAUUCUAUCAACUUAAGUUACCUUUGUGCAUAUAUUAGUUCAAGACGGGUGUGAACGAGUGAUUUAACUUAUGUAAAUUGACUGUAGUGUUGGGUAGGCACUGGUUAAAUUUUGUAAAGUGAAUUUUAUCUGUUGAAUGGCAAACAGUGUAAAUUGGCUGUAGUGACGGGUAGGCUGUUUUGGGGGGGGGGGGUAAAUAGUGUCAUACUCAAAAUAAACUAAGCGUAUUAAUUGGCAUUGCUGCUUACAGCAGGACCAGCGCUAGGGAAGGCGAACGGGGAGAAACACACUUCCAGCAAUGGCAUCUACUCGCUGACAGUUUAUCAUUUCUAUACAUUCAGCGACAUUCUCAUUGGAACGAGACAUUGUAGCCACCAUAGACUAUGAAGAACUCAUUGUGGUGUUGACCACCAAGAAAGCAAGGAAGAAGAUAUUUCGCUAAAACCACAAUGCACAUUUUAAUUGCUGGCAUUUUUUAUACUUUUUUUUUUUUUGUUGCCUUGGGAUAGCAAUCCUAUAGCAGCAUUGCAAUGUAUUCGUAUGUUCACUCACUCGCUCGCAAAACGUAUCUCACCAUUCCUUAAUGGAGAAUGUGGAUCUAGAUGGAGAGUUACCGAAUGCCAACACGUUUUUAUUACCUCGUUGUUCAUCAGUACGGUACCAACUGCCCGGGUAAUCAGUCGGGUUCCCGAUUUUAGGAAAUUAUUCUAAAAGUCAUUUUUUUGAAAAUUUAAAAAUUAAUUAGAAUUUUGUUACUCUAAACCAGUGCUUCUUAACCUGGGUUGGAUUGAACACCAGGGAUUCAGUGAGCCAGUCUCAGGGGUUCGGAGGAGGUCCAAAAAAAAAAUCGGAAAAAAAAAAUCAUAUUUUAUUUUUCCUAUUAAGAAGGGUUCGGUGAAUGCGCAUAUGAAACUGGUGGGGUUCGGUACCUCCAAAAAGGUUAAGAACCACUGCUCUAAACCCUCUACUGCCAAUAGCGCCCGCUGUUGCCACUAAAAUUUCCACAGGCAGCUGCCAACUAUGCUCGUUCGAUGCUUAGCAACUCAACUACCACACAUUCGUCUGCUUGAAUGGACUGCUGUUCUGGCGAGAAUGACAUGUUGUUAGUUAGUUUUUUUUUUAAAAAUUAAAUACCCGUUGAUCUAUCGUCUUUCGUUUAAAGUUACGAGAGUUCAAAGGUCACAGGUUACGCAGCAAAUUGUUCAGGCUCCACAAACUGUGUCAACCAUCGAGGGAUUUCUCUCCCUUUCAUAGCUGGGAAGAUCGAGCCCACUACAACUACACCAUGAAAAGGGACUCCUGAAAGCCAAUAUGGAUUCCGUUGAGAACGGGGCCAUCUUCGCAAGUCACACGUGUACUCACCGUUGACUAUGGCCUUGGUCAUCUUCACAAACGACCAAUGUUCUCUUAUUUUUACAUCACACAGUAUCAUUACAUCGCGUAGAUCCUAGAUGCUAUACAUCAUUCUGCAUUGCGUUUUUUCAGAAUUUGUUUAUGAUAAUAAUGAGAUGAGUAAAACCCGAGUUGGGAUGCUUAAUGCGGCUCAGGGUAAUUACACUUUUAAAUAGAAAAAAAAAUAAAAAUAAUAAACUAAGCGAGUGAACAAAAUCCCCGGUUUGACAUGCCCCAUUGUGACCAGUAGACCCAGUAUGAAUUUGGUUUGUCUUAAUAUUAUUAAUAUUAUUAGUGGUUUUAUAUAGCGUGGUACCCCAGCCUAGGGCUGGGCUCACCACGCUGUAAGUACAAUUUUACAAACAUAAUCAUGAACUUAAAAUUAUUAAUUAACAUACAUUAGUUAAAUAAAACAAACAAAUGUAUAUUUACCCCACCCAUUUUACAACUAUUUACAUGUCAAGCCAUGGACGUCACCCAGCAGUAUCGUUUUUCGGUCAGAGGUGGGAAUCAGUCAGGAUAGAAGAGUUUAAAAAGAUGUGUUUUGAGUGCAGUUUUGAAGGCUGUGAUGGUCGGUAUAUUGCGGAUGUGAAAUUGAAGAGAAAACCAUUUUUUAAGGGACAGAGAAAGAGAAAGAUUAUUUACCGUAUGUUUUUGUGCUAGUCUUGGAGACAGAAAGAAUACGCGCGUCUGCGGAGGAGCGAAGCUGUCGAAUGGGUAAAUAGACAGCAAGAAGUUCGGUAAGACGGGAAGGGCAGGAAUUCGAGAAAAAGUUGUGGCAGAGAACGAAAGUUUGUAGUCAAUCCUCGCUUGUACAGGGAGCCAAAGAAGUGAAUAAAGAAGUGGUGUGACGUGAUCAAGUUUUUUUGACUUUAGAACUAGCCUAGAAGCUGAGUUUUGAACCUUUUUGUAAUUUUUCUAAGAAGUGUUUUGGUGAACCUGAUAGAAGAGCGUUGCCAUAUUCAAGACGAGAGAGAAAAAGAGCACAGACAAGGGUUUUUGUUGCACUAACUGUGAGGUAGUGGCGUAUGGAGCUGAUUUGAAAGAUAGCGGUGAACGCAGAGCGACAAAUGUGAAAGAUGUGAUUAUCGAGAGACAUGUUGUUAGACAGAAGAUAACCAAGAUUCCUAGCGGAGAAUGUAAACUGCAUGUCGGAGUCACCUACUUGGAAUGAGGCGGGAAGAGCUGAGUUAGAGGAUGAUUUUUUUAUCGUGAACAAGGAGUGCUUCCGUUUUAUCAUCGUUAAGCUUCAACUUGCUUAGUGUCAGCCAUGACUUGACAUCAUCAAUGCUCUUCCGCAAAUUCGGACAGCGGAAUCGACAAGAGAGGGAUGGGAAUGCUUGUUUAUCCUAUCAUCUGUGCUCUGAAACGUAAGCGCCCAUGAAAAAUUUAAAUUGCCACAGGCCCCGUACUCUCAUAUCGCCGGCCCUGCUUAUAAAUGCUACAAUUAAUAUUUUCUUAUGAAGCAAAAAACCGCACAUGAUAGUCAUAUACGAAAAAGUUUGACCUAAAAACAAUGACUAAAACUUUGUAAUUGUAACAACGAUAACCUCAAUAUUAAGUUGCUGAAGAUUGACAUGAUUCAUAAUACCAUUUACAUUUAAUGUUUACUUUGUGUUUCUCUCACUGCACAGAUGUCCGUUAAUAUCCGAGUGCCUGAACCAAAAGUGUCAGACUGAAAGGCUCACUUGCCAGAAGGAGGCGGCCGAAUGUGACAGCAUCAACACUCAAUGCAUCCACGAUUGUAAAGAAAAUAAUCCUGUUCAUACAAAGAAAUAACAUUGAAAAAAAAAACCCCACAACUUUUGAUCUUAUGACGAGCACGUUUACAGAGGCAGUAGUUAAAAGCAUCGUAUUUAUUCGUAUUUAUAAAUAUUCAUUUCAAAGAAAACAAAUAUUUUUAUUCUGGGGAAACAGAAGCUUAUUAAAAAUCAGCAGACCAUACUAAGAUUUAAAUGUCUGCAAUUUCUGGCAUAUUUUGGUGAUUAAAAAAAACAACAUUGUAUAGUCUUUAUUCUCUCCUUGAGUUCAUCGCUUUUUAUGGAUUUAUGGGCUCUGGGGAAUGGGUCUUAUAUGUAAAACUGUAUGUACAGUACCUGACGCUCUUAGGUGAAGGCGGGAGAGCAGACAUUUGGUGGAAGUAUAUUGUACAUGAAAUGACCACACUUUGAUAAUAUAUAUAUGUAUAUAUGUAUAUCGUUUUUGGAUUCAAUGACAUCCUCAUAUAAUGUCAAUUUAAAAAAAAGUGUUUUUUUAUCCUAAGUCAUUUUUAAAAUUAAAUUUGGGAAAAAUUAAAUCCAAGCUAAGGUUCAAAUUGUUUAGGGACAUCCAAUAUUUUUUUUUUUUUUUUUUUUUUUGUUUGGGGGGGGGGGGGUCACAUUUGAUCAAACACGACUUGAUCGCUGAAAUAUUUGAUUUGCUUGGAACAUUUUCAUUUGUAUGUUUUUAAAUUGUCUUAGGUUUUAGAAGAUCAGCAGUAAAUCACCAGUAGGCAGUUGAAUCUCACUCGAGAUGCCGAUCGAGUGUUAAGGAAUUUAAUGACAAGAUGUGAUCUAGACGGACUUAGGACCCAUUUAAAUUAGCCCAUAUGAUAAAUAGAGUAACGCUCAACAGACUUUCAAAAUCUCGACAUCUAUGAGAUAUAGAUUAUGCUUUAAUUGAUUGAUUAUUAAAACAUGCAGACAUUCAAAUUAAAUAAAAUUUUAUUAAAUACACAUCUGAAAAA